GUUAUUCUUCCUCACUGCAGAGUGACACACAGACUGAAGAACAGACGAUCAGAUUCACCUUCAGACCAAACUAACAACUUCCUCUGAGUGAGUUCAGCUAAAACUCCAACACUGCUGCUUCAACCUGCUGACACUCCACACACUGAAGCUUCACUCAGAGACUAAAUGGCUUCCAGAUCAGAGAAGGAUCUCUGCUGUCCGGUCUGUCAGGACGUCUUUAGACAUCCUGUUGUUCUGUCAUGUAGCCACAGCUUCUGUAAAGACUGUCUGCAGAACUGGUGGACAGAGAAACCAACACGUGAGUGUCCAGUUUGUAAGAGAAGAUCUUCAAAGGUUGAACCACCGUGUAACCUGGCGUUAAAGAACCUGUGUGAGGCUUUCUUAUUGGAGAGAGAUCAGAGAGUCAUCUUUAGAGAUUCAGAAAAACACACCAACCACAGAUUCAGACCCGUCGAUGAAUUUGCACGACAACACAAGAAGGAACUUGAGGAAACUCUGAAGCCCUUAAAGGAGAAGUUAAAGGUUUGUGAACAAGUUAAAGUGGAGUGUGAACAAACAGCACAACACAUGAAGGUCCAGGCCCGACGCACAGAGAGGCAGAUUAAGGAGCAGUUUAAGAAGCUUCACCAGUUUCUAGAAGAGGAAGAGGAGGCCAGGAUGGCUGCACUGAGGGAGGAAGAGGAGCAGAAGAGUCAGAUGAUGAAGGAGAAGAUGGAGGCUGUGAGCAGAGAGAUAGCAGCUCUUUCAGACACAGUCAGAGCCACAGAGGACGAGCUGAGCGCUGAAGACGUCUCAUUCCUGCUCAACUACAAGGCUGCAGUGGACAGAGUCCAGCAGCGCCUCCUGCUGGAUGAUCCACAGCUGCUCUCAGGAGCUCUGAUAGACGAGGCCAAACACCUGGGCAACCUGACCUUCAACAUCUGGAACAAGAUGAAGUACAUGGUCUCCUACACUCCUCUGAUCCUGGACCCAAACACUGCUCGUCCAGAACUCAUCCUGUCUGAAGAUCUGACCAGUGUGAGACCAGGACAGAGACAGCAGCUUCCUGAUAAUCCAGAGAGGUUUGGUAUUUACUGCUCUGUCCUGGGCUCUGAGGGCUUUAACUCAGGGACUCACAGCUGGGAUGUCGAGGUUGGAGACAGUACAGGCUGGGGCCUGGGUGUGUUAGCAGAGUCUGUCCAGAGGAAGGGAUUCAUACAGUCUGGAUUAUGGAGAAUAGGGUUCUAUGAAGGUAAAUACUCAGCAUGGUCACCAUCAGGUCCACGCACUGAUGUCAUCAUUCAGAGGCAGCUCCAGAGGAUCAGAGUGAAUCUGGACUGGAACAGAGGAAAGCUGUCGUUCUCUGAUCCUGAUACUAACACACACAUACACACCUUCACACACACUUUCACUGAGAGGGUGUUUCCAUACUUUAGGACUUGGGAUAAACUGAAGAUAUUACCACUGAAGGUCUGUGUGACAGUGGAACAGAGCAGUCAGAGAUAAAGAGGAUGAUUAUAUUUAUGAUGUUUAUUUCUUAAAGGGGCAAUAAGCGAAAUCGUUUCACCGCUAGGUUCACUGUUGUGCACUGCCUGUAGAGCAAAAUAAAGUGUGUCAUGAGCCACUCCUCCCUCUACCUCUGCUCUCCAAUUAGCGUGGAGCCUGGCGGGCUCACGGAGAAGAGAGGAAUGUUAGCAUUAGCUCCCAGAGUUAGCACUAGAGCUACUACGGCUACUGGAGUAACUUGCAGCUAUGGAGCCCCCUGCUGGAUGAUCCACAGCUGCUCUCAGGAGCUCUGAUAUCUCGCUUAUUGCUCCUUUAAAGGUAAAAGCAGCUGACUUUAACCUGUUAAGCUGCACCUGUCCUCCUGCUGACUCAUUAUUCCAAAGAUAUACUUGUUUUUGUUUCAGUUGCUGUUAUUAUUUGAUUUUUGUUGUUUUGCUUGUUUCUAUACUUGACUUUAAAUUGUAAUUCUCAGCAGUGUAUCCAAUGAACGAGGUAAAAACCUGACAGACCAUCUAGUUUACUCAUAUUUGCCUUCUCCUCAAUGAGUACCAGCUCGAGCUAUUUUAGCACCCAUCUCUCACGGCAUCUGCCGCUGUGGUUGCUGCGUUCAAUGUAAUUAUUCGUACCAUUAUAAUAGUUUGAAACAUCCCCACUAAAUCUGUAUUUACUUGAUUACUUGUCCUUGUGGUUAGUCAUACGUUGGAAAGACAUUAACAUUUUUUGAAAAUGAUGAACUAAAAACUGUGCAUUAAAGUGAAAUGUGGUAGAAUAUGUAGUGGCUGUUGUCAUUUAAUAUGAAGAUGUGGUCUGCUGUAGCUCCUGUCUUGGGUUAGGGUUAGUUUUCUAUAAUCACGUUUACUGCCAGUGACUUUUAUAUUUUGAAGGCCUUUUGUAACAGCCUGGCCAAAGGACUGCAGAUAAGAAUAGCCUCUUGGUUCAUUCUGGCACUCAUGUCCCAUGUGAAUUUAGUCAUUUACAUUGUCUGUUCUCUAUAUUUGAGACUUAAGGACUUUUGGAUUUUCACUUGCAGCCUCGUUCUUCAGAAUUUAAGGAGGUCAUGAGUAAAAGAGCAACAGGGUAAAG